AUGAAGCUUUUUCAGAGUCGUAGCAAGAUCACAUCUAUUUCUACUGAUGAUGGGGCUCGGGUGGAGACUCCGGAUGAGGUCAGUGACACCAUUGUGCAGUUCUUUCAGAAUCUUCUAGGUUCUCAUGAGGUUGCGGGUGUUGAUGAGGACAUGCUUCAGCGAGUCCUUUCAAAGCGGCUCACUGAGAUUCAGAGGGAGGAUUUAGAUCGAUCUGUUUCAGAUGACGAAAUAAAGAUGGCGAUGUUCUCUUUGAAGGACAACAAGGCUCCCGGUCCAGAUAGUUUUAGUGCUGGCUUCUUUAAGAAGGCUUGGAAUAUAGUUGGGGCAGAUGUCAUAGCGGCUAUCCAAUCUUUUUUCUCCUCCGGGCAUCUUCUGAAACAAGUAAAUGCUACAACACUUUCUUUGAUUCCUAAGAUUCAAAACCCUACCAAGGUAAAGGACUUUAGACCAAUUUCUUGUUGUAACACUGUUUACAAGUGUAUUGCAAAGCUCAUAGCAAAUAGGGUGAAGGUGGUACUUCCGGGAUUGGUGGGAUCUUUCCAAACGGCCUUUGUUGUGAGUCGACGUAUUAGUGAUAAUAUUAUCCUCUGCCAAGAGUUAAUGCGGAACUAUCAUCGCUCUGGUGGCUCUCCGAGAUGUGCUCUUAAGGUGGAUCUAAUGAAGGCAUAUGACUCUGUUCAGUGGGAUUUUUUACUGGCUGUAUUACGUGUUAUGGGGUUUCCAGAUAGAGUUGAUGGAUUGCGGAAUGAUCUUAUGAUUUUCUGUAAAGCGGAUUUGGCUUCUGUGUCUUUGAUCGGUGGUUGUCUUCAGCAAUUUCGAGACUUCUCUGGACUUAUACCAAAUCCAGAUAAGAGCAGCAUGUUCAUUUGUGGAGUGCCUUCCGAGCUUCGAGUGCAGCUUUUGGAUAUCCUCGGGUAUAAUGAAGGAGCGCUUCCGAUUAGGUAUCUUGGUGUGCCACUUAUAACGACUAAGUUAAAGGCUACUGAUUUGGGCAAUGGGAGUAGUAUUUCACUUUGGUUUGACCAUUGGCAUCCCCUUGGUCCUCUUAUUGAGGUGUUUGGAAAAAGGUUUAUCUAUGAUUCUGGCCUUGGGCAGAAUGCCAAGGUGGAGGCUAUUAUUGACGGCCAGGAGUGGCACUGGCCUAUCUCUCGCUCCCCUGCAUGGCUUGAGCUCAUUAGUAGUACUCCUACUUCAUUCCGGCCAGAUAGCAGAAGGCCGGAUGUCUUGCAGUGGAUUGAUGCUCCGAAGGGUUCCUUCUCUGUUCGUGGUGUUUGGGAGUCGUUGCGCCCGCGUCAUAGUAGAGUGGACUGUUGGAAGCUUGUUUGGCAUAGCCAAGCUAUUCCAAGGAUGUCCUUUAUUCUUUGGUUAGACAUUCGGGAUGCCUUGUAUACUCAAGCUAAGCUUAUACGCUUUGGCAUUAUUCAGGUCGCCCAAUUUGUUUUGUGUGGGGGUGGGCAUGAGGAUGUGGAUCAUUUAUUUUUUGAGUGCCCAUUCUCUCAGCGCAUCUGGUCCGUUCUUUGUGCGAAGUGUAAUAUUUCAUGGGCCUCGCGUAGAUGGAUGGAUACGAUCUCUUGGCUUUCUCACAUGGAUGGUCGUUCACUCUUGGGUCGAACUACAAAGCUUAUGGUGGCAGCUGCGGUCUACUACAUUUGGAGAGAACGUAAUGCUCGUUUGCAUGGCAAUGGCCCUACACAUGAGUGUGUUCUUCUGAGAGAGAUUACUUUUUGUAUUGUGACUCGGAUUAAUCUCACACGGGGUGUGAUUCCAUCUCCUGCUAAUAGAUGGUUUCACAGUUUGUGGGGAUUCUCUGAUGAUAUCUUUUGA